CAAACUUUCCACAGUUGAACAGUCACGCCUCGGCAUCAUGGUCAAGGACGCGACCAAGCAGCCCUUCAUGGCGUCGGCGGACCUCGAUCCAUGCACGUAUGCUAUCUCCCCGACGUCGAAAGGCGUAUCGCGCUGGCACCGUGCCAAGCAACGCUUCCCCGUGCGCACGGGGCUGGCAGCGGUCGCUUUGUUUUCUCUGGGCUCUGUCUUGUUGUACGUGAGUACGUUGUUUGGGCUCGACGGCGAGCGCAAGGGGCUUUCGUUUUUCGUCCUUGGACUCAUCACGUUUAUCCCUGGAAGUUAUGCCACGACUCAGCUCUACGGGGCUUACAAAGGCUGGCACGGCUACGACUAUAGCCAAAUCCCGUCGUACGACGACUAGUUCGUUGUUGUUCAUAUGCCAGCCAGCCACCCUUAGGCCACUCCUUCGCCACGUAGUGUUUGAAUCGGUUGAAUGCAAAAUGUGUGUCUUGUAACUGC